AUGACUGAAGACACAGUAGCUAACUACAAAUGGUGCAAUGAAGCUACUAUGUUUUUGCUUCCACAGAUCUACAGAGCAGACUUUGUUAUUAUAAUCACACAUCAAUUGGAUCUCACGUUCCGUCUUGCUUUUUUUCAGCUCCGUGCUGUGUGGCGAAGUGCGGUGAUAGGAGUUCGUGCUUCCAAGCCAAAUGGCCUCAUCUCCUGCAGUGGGCUGCAACGCACUUUACUCAGACCAGGUCUCCCUUGUCGAGCCGUUCACGUUACACCAAAUGUUUCCAAUGUAAAAAAUCCAGCUCAGCCUGUGGAGGAAGAACUGAGUCCCUUUACCAAACUGAUAGAAGCCAUGGGAUUCACAGGGCCUCUGAAGUACAGCAAAUGGAAAAUUAAGAUUGCUGGCCUGCGCAUGUACACCUGCUGUGUGGAGAGGAUUGAUUAUGAUGACUUGUUUGAAAUCAAGGUUAUCAAAGGAAAAUGGGAAUUGCAGAAGGAACAUUGACUUAAAAGGGAGGGAAUAUUGAAAUUGAU